AUGGCCCCAACUUGGACCCGAUUGAUCCGCUUCAUUGCCGAGGAAGACGGACAGGCGCAUAUUGGCCAAGUCGAUGCGCGUCAAUUCCCUGAUGUCGGACUCUCUGUCGUCAAAGGGGAGCGAAUAAAAGCACGAUUGAUCCAGGGCUCUGUCUUUGACGGGGUUGUUACUGACAAGCAACUGCACGUUGCCCGGCUUCUCGCCCCAAUUGAAAUGCAAGACGUCCCGAUCAUUCGAUGCCUGGGCCUCAACUAUCGCGACCACGCGCGAGAAGCCAACAUGCCCAUCCCCGACGUGCCCGUCCUGUUUGUCAAGCCGCGGACAGCACUUAAUGGUCCUCACCCAGCAAAGAUCAACGUACCCAAGAUCGCCCAGGAUGGCUCGAGCGACUACGAAGCGGAGCUGUCAGUAAUCCUGUCCAAGACAGGCCGUGAUAUCCCCGAGUCCGAAGCCAUGGACUACGUGUUGGGCUACACCUGCAGCAACGACGUGAGCGCCCGCACGCAGCAAUUUAAAAACAGCCAAUGGAGUUUUUCCAAGGGACUUGACGGCUCGUGUCCGCUGGGCCCAGCGCUGGUGGCGCCCUCAGAAGUCGAUCCGCAUCGGUUGGAUAUCAAGGCCAUUCACAACGGGGCUAUUGUUCAGGAUUCAAACACACGAGAAAUGAUCUUCGACAUUCCCAAGACGAUCGCGUUUCUGUCGCAGGGCACUACCCUGGAGAGGGGGACCGUCAUUAUGACGGGGACUGGGCCAGGAAUUGGGGCAAUGCGCAGCCCAAAGGUGGUUCUGCAGGACGGUGAUGAUAUGAGGGUUGAGAUCCAGGGCAUUGGCACGUUGUGUAACAAAGUCAAUUUCGGUCGAAUUCAAAUUAAACUUCAACCCCGCAGAAUCAAAAGUGAACCAACCAGUGGAUCGUGGGGUAGAAUCAUCUCACCUCAUUACUACCUUCUCCAGACUAACCUCCUGAAUUCCUUUACCUGUGUACUGCCAAAUGGCCUCUCCUGGACAGCAAUCAGAAAUCUCAUGCCGUACCUGCCGACGGCGAAAGGUCAAGUGACAUGCACAUACCCUGAUGGUCCCUUGAAACCAGGACCCAAGGUCGGCUCGCAGCGACAACGAAAACGGUCCCGUGCCGCCAUCGACGAUGGACCGGAGCCUGCGACUGCUGCAUCAUAUCAAGAAGGCCAUGAUAGCCCAGGUUUGCCAGACACUGCCAACGACGGCAUAGUAUUGGUGACGACCGGCGGGCACAAUGCCUCUUCCACGGCCGACAAGGCACUUGAUCUCUCAUUCAUCCUGCACCCUGCCCACGCGGCAUCUCCGCCAGAUAACGGGGACCUGGGGCGAAGAAAUUCAUCAGGUAAUACGAAUACCAGAGGUGCUAUCCAGCAAGCGUGCAGGACCUUGGACCUCGAGGUGCAGGAGGCUGAGGAAUUAUUGGCGGCAUAUUUCGACAACAUGACAGCCAUUAAUCUCUUCCAUGAGCCGACCUUCUCAGAUAAACUCUCUCGAAUCUCGUCUCCGACGCUGGUGGUUGCCCUCGCGGCCGCCAUGUUCACCUUUUCCGUCCGUUUCCGUCCAGGGGAGGCGGACAUCAACCAUCAAUCGACGAGGUACCUCAAACUCGCACUGCAGCAUAUAGACAAGGCACUCGACGAGUGCGGCGACGAUACUCCGCCGCUAUGUCUAUUACAAGCGUGUAUUCUAGCAGCCCACUGCCAAUUAACACAAGGGGUUCUCGGCAAGGCGUGGCGCACGCUUGGAAUGUGCGUUCGACUGGCGUACGAAAUGAACCUCCAUUUAGUGGACGUGCAAGGCCAGGAGACCGGAAGUUCCGUGGACGUGGAAAAGUGGUGUGAGGACGAAGAGAAACGGCGCGCGUGGUGGGCGAUAUGGGAAAUGGAUGUCUUUGCAACCACUAUCCGACGAACACCCACAGCCCUGGACUGGUCCCAGAUAGAGAUCUUGUUACCGGUCGAAGAUGAGGCCUGGUUUCAGCGCAAACCACAGCAGAGCUGCUUUUUUGAACAGGAUCCUAUGCGUCGUUGGAAGGCACUCGAUAGCUGCGGUAAUCAUUCGCCGAAAGCGUGGUUUAUCGUGAUCAACUCUCUGAUGAAGGAGGCCCAGCGGAUAUCCAGCCCUCGAGGGAUUCCCAGUCGAUCACGGUCGGAUCAUAUCGAUGAAGCCCGCCAUCGCCUGGAGAUCAUCGCGAAUGCAGUCCGUUGCUUCCAGCUCGCUUUGCCGGGCCAUCUCAAGUAUAAUCACCAGCAUCUGACUUUCGAUGCGCGCGUCCCCGGCCAGACAACGUCUUGGCGACAGAUGCAUUGCUCUAUAUACAAUAUUCACCUAAGGACGCAGCUUGCUAGAUUGAUGAUUUACCGCUACGAUGUGUUCAAGGGCCGUUUCCGUGUCGCGCUUCCGACCCAGGACGGCGAACGCAGCAGUGAUGACCCGAAAGAGGACGAGCAGUCCAGCAUUAAGGAAUACUUUGACGCAGCGGAUAACAUUCUUGGUAUUAUCAAUCGCAGUAGCGACGAUCAUGUUCAGUACAUUAACCCUUUCCUCUUGAGCACCAUUUGGCUGGGCUCUGCGGUUCAACUCAUGCAUAGCCAACUCUGUCAGCCGGGGGCACUCAAGUCG